UCGAUGUCGUCGUCGUAGUUGGAUCGUCUUUUUCUUACGCGAGAGGACAAAAAGAAUCGGAUUAAAAAACAAUUAAAAAAUAAUAAAAAAUAAAAAGAAGAAGAAAAACGUUUGUGAAAGUAUUCGACGUAUAUGUAUCACGUGAAGUCAGUUCGAAGGUUCUUUCUGUUUUUUUUUUUUUUUACUUUUCUUUUUCUUUCGGCGAGGAAGAAAAAAAUCAACCAUCAUAGUUCGUCUUUCAUAAGAAUUUGUUCACUCAAAACUUUAUUUAUUCGUAACGGUAUAAGAAAGAAGGGAGACGGCAAUAUAUAUAUAUAUAUAUAUAUCUUUUCAAAAUUCCCGCGCGUCGAAUUUGUUUCAUUGAAAGUUCUUCUUCGGCGCUGAAGUCGUCCACUGUUACGUAAAGUUUAAUGUCGGCGAUCGUCAAGGCGUCAUCCAUCAGGUGAGUUUUACUAAAAUAAUAUUAUCUCUUAUAUCCCUAAUUUUAAUUCGUUAUUAUUAUCUGCUAAAUAUAUCUCACGUAUUACGUGAGAAUCGUAGUUACGUUUUAAGAUUAAUAUCGUCAAAAAUGUCAAUGAAACUUUGAAUUUGAACCACAUGAUAUAUCUUAUUCUUACGAACUGCUCCUACGAAUGAAUUCCAUAGGAGAAGGAUCACGUGACGAUUGGUAUCUUAUUCCAUGAACUAUAUAUUGCACGUAGAGGCAGAUUCCACUUUGCUUUUCAUCAUUUUUUUCUUUUUUCUUACUUUCCCUCUUUCCAUUUUUUUCCAUCCUUUUUGAUUCUCCUUUUAAGAAUAAAAAAUACGAUUCUUAUCUUUCGUAUCGGGAAUUUGUAGAUAUAUACAAAAAAGAAGAAAAAAGAAAAAAAAGAGAAAAAAAAGGAAAAAAAAAAAAAGAAAUCAAAGAUGAAGGGAUAGAAAAAAAGGAAUCGUUUAUAAUCAAAAUUAUCGUUAACGAGCGAAGCGAAACGACGAUAGGAAAAGCUUUCUUAGUGGGGAAAAAAAAAAAAAAAAAAAAAAAAAAAUACAAAAAAUACAAAAAAAUAAAAAAAAAAUAAAAGAAAUAAAAAAGAGAGGGAGAAAAAAAGAAAUUAAUCGGUGUUUCGAAUUAGCGACGUAUUUGUCGGCACGUGUUGUAGCACGUGUCGGCCUAUAUCGGGUAACCGCAGCACCGGAUCGUUUCUCGUCCUCUCUUCGCGUUGCACGUGAGCGAAUCUUGAUAAUCCGAUAAGUUCAUACGCGCUCAUUCGCUCAUGGAGAAAGGUAAUUAUCAUUCGUCUCUAUCGUAUGCGAUUUCUGGGAUACCGCGAUUACCAUUAGCAUCGACAUCCUGUUCUUACGUAAUUUGUUUGUACAUUCCUCCUCUUCUUCAUCCUCAUCUUCAUCCAUCAUCCUUUAUCCUCCUCCUCCUCUCCUUCUCCUUCUCCUUCUUCUUCAUCGCACUUCGCAUAACAGCGUAAGUGCAAUGACACUUAUCGAUUAUGAAACAAAAACAAUUUUUUCACAUUUUACAGAUAAUCAUCGUUAUAAAGAGCGAUAGAGGAUUUCAAUCGGGAUAUCUUGGAACAUUUAAGAUGUUUACGAUCAUAUUAAUUUUCAUAUUGCUAAUAAUCCUUUAUUACAUGAUUCGCAAGAGAUAUCGUUUACCACCUGGCCCUUGGUGCCUACCAAUUGUUGGUUAUUUACCAUGGAUCGAUCCGGAAGCACCGCAUGAGACAUUUACCGAAUUGAUAUACAAAUAUGGUCCGAUCUGUGGAUUGAAAUUGGGUUCUGUAUACACUGUACUUUUGUCGGAUCCUCGUCUGAUACGGCAAGUCCUUGCCAAGGAUGCAUUCUGUGGACGGGCACCCCUUUACUUGACGCACGGCAUAAUGGGUGGUCAUGGUCUAAUCUGCGCCGAGGGAGAGCUCUGGAAGGAUCAAAGAAGAUUCGUCGUCGAAUGCUUGAAAAAUCUCGGCAUGAUAAAAUACGGACAGAAAAGGGACAAGAUGGAAAGAAGAAUCCUCGUAGUUGUGGAAGAAUGCAUUUCGAAAUUGGAGGAACGAUCUACGUCGUACGGUUUCGAUCCGAACGAGACUUUGCAACAUUGUGUAGGAAAUCUGAUGAACGAUCUCGUCUUGGGUAAAACAUACCAAGAGAAUGAUUUCAUUUGGGCAUGGCUUCGUACUUUACAAGAGGAAGGUGUUAAACGCAUUGGCGUUGCCGGACCUUUAAAUUUUUUACCAUUUCUCAGAUUUAUACCACGGUACGGUAAAAUGAUGUAUAGUUUGAUCGAUGGAAAGAAAAAAACUCAUGAAAUAUAUAAGAGCAUCGUUGAGGAACAUCGAAUUAGUCCCGUAAAAACGGAAAGUAUUUUGGCAGCGUUCGAACAUCAAAUGGCGAGUAGAAAAGAUUCGGACGAUUUUGGAUAUUUUAACGAGGAUCAAUUCUAUCAUUUGCUCGCUGACAUUUUCGGUGCAGGAUUGGACACAACCGUGUCUACUCUCCGUUGGUUCCUUCUAUUCAUUGCGGCUUAUCCGGAGGAACAGGAAAAGAUCUAUCAAGAGAUGCAACAGAUGUUACAAAAUAAAGAACCCACUUUGGACGAUAGAAUUGUUUUGACGCGUCUCGAGGCAACCAUAGCGGAAGUACAAAGAUUGAGAAGCGUUGUUCCAGUUGGUAUGCCUCACGGAACGAUCGAGGAUGCGAAAAUAGGCGACUAUGAUAUACCGAAAGGUACGAUGGUUAUACCGGUGCAAUGGUCCGUUCAUACUAAUGAGUCUUAUUGGGAAAACGCAUUCAAUUUUAUACCGGAUAGAUUCAUUGACGAUGAUGGCAGAUUCUUUAAGCCGGAAGGGUUUUUGCCUUUCCAAUCUGGAAAACGUAUGUGCGUAGGUGACAAAUUGGCACAGAUGAUCAUGUUUCUAUUCUGUUCGAGAAUAAUCCAUAAAUUUGACGUAUCUGUCCCUCCUAACGUUUCCAUUGAUUUUAAAGGAGAUACCGGUAUCACAUUGGUUCCUAAACCCCAUAGAUUGGUUUUUACGCCUCGUAAAACAUGAUUUGUAUUUUCAUUUUCUCUUUUUCUUCCUUCCUUUUUUUCUCUUUUUUAUAUUUCAUAAUUUUUAUUAUUAUUUCAUUUAUUUACGAUACUUCACGUGUCACGUGUUUUUACAUAAUAAACGACGAUACAACGAAAAACAAGCAAAGAGUUUUCAUUGUCAAUAUCCUUUAA